GCAUCAGUAUAAAAGAAGGCAGAGGCUUUAGUACAGCAAUUCAAGACCCCUAGAAAACCCAGCGCUCCAUAUUCGCACAUAUCCUCUUCACCAGAUCGCAGCCAUGUCAGGAGUCGGACCAAUCUCACAGGACUGGGAACCCGUCGUCAUCAGGAAGAAGGCCCCCAACGCCGCCGCCAAGAAGGACGAGAAAGCCGUCAACGCUGCUCGCCGCGCCGGCGCUGAGAUCGAAACUGUCAAGAAAGCUACUGCUGGACUUAACAAGGCUGCCUCCAGCAGCACUUCUCUAAACACAAGGAAGCUGGAUGAGGAAACUGAAGUUCUUGCUCAUGAGCGAGUUCCAAGUGAGCUGAAGAAAGCUAUCAUGCAAGCUCGUAUGGAUAAGAAACUUACUCAGGCUCAGCUUGCUCAAAUCAUCAAUGAGAAGCCUCAAGUGAUCCAAGAGUAUGAGUCUGGGAAAGCUAUUCCAAAUCAACAGGUAAUUGGCAAGUUAGAGAGAGCUCUGGGAGCAAAACUGCGUGGAAAGAAAUAAAGAAUUCUGGAAAGAGAUGGAGGAUGCUCGGCUAUUAAGUUCGAACUAAUCAUGUUUAGCACUGCAAUCUUUAGUUUCAGUUUGAACUGAGAAGCUGCGCCUCAACCUGUAUCUAUCGUCCAAAAGGUUGUGUGUUUGGUACCUGUGUUUUUAAGAAUAUUUAUGAAAUGACGAAUAUGCAAACAUUAUCUGCCUGA